ACCGGACAGACUCUUCUCCCCAGUUUGGAACCAACGUGAGGACACAUUGUAUGUGUGUGUUGGACCACCAUUUAACAUGAAAAUGCAGGUGAACAUCAUAGCUAUCACUAACGCAUCGAAAUAUAGACGGAAGUGUUAUGCGCUUACUGAUCAGUACAAUAAUGCCUUCCCAUCCAGCAGUCCAGAUGGGAAGAAAUUAGUAUACCGAUCAACAGGGAAAGACGGAUUCAAGAAUCUAUACAUAAUGGAAGAUUCAAAACGAGGGGUGGUCAAUGGAAGGGAACCAAGACGGUUAACAAAAGGGAAAUGGACUGAUACACAAUGCCAAUGGUCCCCAAAGGGAGAUUGGAUAGUGUUUUCGUCAACCCGCGACAAGCCUGCGGGUGCACCAGAAUUAGACCAGGGUCUCGACCCAGGAUACUUUGCUGUGUAUUUAGUGAGGUGGGAUAAUCCAGAUGUUUUGGUAAGAGUGAUGACAAGUGGAAGUGAUAUCUCAGGGCAUGUGAACCAUCCGUGCUUCAGUCCGGAUGGACGUAGCAUUAUUGUGACUUCAGAUCUUGCUGGUGUGUCUGUUGAUCCCAUAUCGUUGCCUCUAUUCGAUCACUCUGUGAGGUCUUAUGGAGAUAUUUUUUCUAUUGAUCUUCCCGAUGAUCACAUAGUAACAUACCAGGAUGGAAAAUACAAAUAUGGGGGACAUAUUAGGGAUGUGAAAAAAUUCACGCGAACUACACAGUAGGUACGAGUAUUCUACUGCUACUUGGUCGAGGUUCGCGACUCAGGAUCCAAAUAGAGCAUGGAGUAUGCGUUUGCCAGCUGUAGAGUUGACUUCUGCAUGUCCUUAUCUGCAUCCAGAUGGAGGAGAAAGUUGUCACAUGAUCGGCCAC